AUGAAUUCAUUUUUAACACAGUUGAUCUUAGUCCUUUCUUCGCUGCUUUUGAUCCUGUCUGGCGUUGAAGCAGUCGAAGCUGGAGAUGUGACUGCACUCUUAUUAGGUGUGGUUCUCAGUGUUACAGGCAUCUGUGCUUGCUUGGAGACAUAUGCAAGAAAGCAAAAUGGACAGAUAGGACUUCGAAGGACUCUUCUGAAUUAG